GAUUGCGCCUUAUCUUUGAUCAAACACUUUCUGCUACAGACCACCAUCAAGGUAUACAAUAUCAUAUCAUGAGCGUACAGUUCAUCAACAACCUAGGAACUUCCGGCAUAAGCCAAACUGGUCACACACAUUCUCAUGAAGUAGGGGGUGCAUUUCACGCACACGAUCUUGCUGAACAUGGUCACACACACGAACAUCUUGACCAUCCAGGAAAGUUUGCCGAGCGGGACCUUCCUGAUUACUCGCAACGCAACUUCGUUGAGAGAGGAUUCACGAUUGGAAUAGGAGGGCCAGUCGGUUCGGGUAAAACUGCGUUGACACUUGCUCUCUGCAAGCGACUCAGGGGCGAAUACAACAUCGCUACCGUAACAAACGACAUUUUUACAAGGGAAGAUCAGGAGUUCCUGAUAAAAAACAAGGCUCUACCUACUUCACGUAUUCUAGCCAUCGAAACAGGCGGUUGUCCUCAUGCCGCAAUCCGCGAAGAUAUUAGCGCCAACAUGGGGGCCCUUGAAACGCUACAAGCGAAAUAUGAAUGCCAAAUGUUGUUCGUUGAAAGCGGCGGAGACAACCUCGCCGCUAAUUAUUCCCGAGAGCUUGCGGACUACAUCAUCUACGUCAUCGAUGUAUCUGGAGGGGACAAAAUUCCUCGGAAAGGAGGGCCAGGGAUUUCGCAAUCAGACCUUUUAGUAAUUAACAAGAUCGAUCUUGCUCCUUAUGUCAACGCCUCGCUCGAGGUCAUGGAUCGUGACUCAAAGGCCAUGCGUGGUGAUGGCCCUACAGUUUUCGCUAGCGUUAAAGAGGGAAAAGGGGUUGAAGAUACCGUCGAGCUGAUCCUGGGUGCAUGGAGAGCUGCGGGUAGUCCCGGAAAGCCUGGACCCGUCGGUGAUGAUUGAGUAGGUCAACAUUGAGUGACGAGAUGCUCACUGCGUUCGCACCGUAUCAUGUAAUUUUAUGGUUCUGCAUCUCUUCGUUUCUGGACCAUUUGCCGGUGCGGAAAAGUUCUAUUGGGCUUUGGUGUACCCUUUCCCCAGAGGCAACCAUUUAACGUAACUU